AUGGGCCUCUUAUGUCGUCGAGCCAAGAGAACGAAGAGUGACAACUCAGAGCCACCUCCGGAGGGUUCGAAUUCCGCCAGACAGACAGCAGAACAGAAUGACGAAACUGAAGUCUUGCUGAUAGAGGAUGAAGGCGAGAGUCUUCAACUGCAGAGAGUAUUGAGACCCGCCUUGUCGUCUGAUGACGGAGAUACCGCUUCCAUAACUCCUCUCCAUGGGCCUUCAUUAGCGACCCAAAAAACCAAGGCCUCGGUGAAAGCAAAGAGACUCGAGCAGAGACGGCGGCAUCUUGAGAAUAUUCCAGGAAGGCUGCGCAGACGGCUGUCAAGAGAGCCACGAUGUCCAGGCUCGCCAUCGAACACGCCUCAGAUCCGCAAGCAUAGAGAUCGCUCGCGCCUCCUCUCAGCUAAUGGAGGCACUGCUAGACAUCCUUCUGUCCUGGAUCAUGCGCUGGGAAGUGGAUUGGUGAAUGAGAAUGAGUAUGAUAGUGAUGCCCAGUGCAUAUCAACCCCUAAGGGAUCCAUUCAAGCGGUGCAGCUUUCGAGUACCAAGUCCAGCAGCAAGUCGCCUGGAAGCCUGCAUCAUGAACGCGAGUUUACCAUACGAGAGGAGAGUGAACAAUCGGGGUCAGCUGCGGAGCCGCGGGAUAUAUCACAGACUGAUAACGGGGAUCCACAGAUAGGAGGUAGAAAUGGAUCAGUUGAACACGUUAGGCAUUCGCCUUUGGUCUGUAACGGACAUCCCUCUGCAAAGCAACCUUCAACCGCUUCAUCUGUAAAUGAAGCCAAUGGCCGACAAAGGACAGAGGUGACCCGGUCUGAACCAUCGAGAAGCCUGUCUCAUGACAAUACAGGGCCUAGCUCGCAUGAGCAAGACAUACUGGUUCAGCGCAGUUCUUCCUCAUCAGAUCACUGUCAUGUUAUACAACAUAAAGAUUCCAUGUCACUAAUGAGGGCUCGUGGUUUAUCUACAAAUAAAGCUCCCUAUGAUCGGGCCCAGAGCAACGAUUCUUCUUGCACAGGAGACGAUGCCUUAUCUGCGGAGAUCAUGAAGAUCCAAAUAAGUGAAACUCCUGUCUAUCCCAGAUCUCGCACUGAUACUCCGUCAUCGUUCGAUGGUAACAAGCCACCAUUGUCUCAUUUCUACAGGUCCCAAACCCAUCUGAGGUCCCUAUCCGAACCAGACUGCAUCCGCCUCCAUGAGAUGAACAUAUCAAAGAGACUUGCAUCAGUAUCUGCUGACUACCCGACCUCCUCUGGUGAUCAACUGCCAUUUCCAGAUCAUUCCAUAUUCUAUAAUUCCUUGAGACAACAAACCAUACUGUCCGGGAAUGCGUCUACUUCGGAAACACCCAGGCUCAGUCCAUCAAACAACCAACGAGGACGAAACGUGUCGUCUUUCUACAUGUCCCAGACCAGCAGCGUUCCCUCCAACUACGGAAAUUCGAUUGAUCAGCUGAGACUGGAAGUGCCAGCACCAAGUUACAGCAAAGAUGUCAUUGUUUUGUCAAAGAGACAUGGUAGGGCCAGAGGAGCUAGUCGCUAUUCCGCACUUCCUUCCGAUCUAUUCUCUCCGAAGGGUGAUUCCAGGACAUUGCCCUCAAAUGGACUCUUAUCCGCGGUCGAUGACACGGUCCCUCAGACAACUGGUACGCAAAGCAAAUUCAAAGAACAAUUCGAGCCGGCCUCCCCGAAUACCAACAGUGCUGCAAUAGGCACGGAGGAAACUGUAUCACGCCGUGUCAGUGUGGGAUGGAUGUCAGGAGGCAGGCGGCUUGGUUUUGGAUAUGCUUUUGUGCCUAGUGAAGGGACUGAGGGUUCGAAACCCCAGAUAUCAGAUACGUCAGUGGACGAUGGUCCAGCUUUGCCGCCAGACCAAUUACGCCUGGAAAGUAGAAUACACGAUCAUUCGAAAGGAGCGUCCUCGGAUAAGGCUUUUCUUACACCGAAUUUGGCUCUUCCGGAUGCUGGGAUGGCAGGAAGACCGUCCUACAACGACAAUUGUACUGAAUCUGGGGAAAUCCGAGAGUUAAGCGGCAGGAGGUCCAGGCAACACAGCAGUCUCCGGGCGAAAACAGAGCAUCUGUGGGCGAAGUUACCAAGCCACUCGAGAACAGAAAGGUGUGGAUCGGCAACAUACAGUGACGGCGUCAUUGUUCGUGACUUCUCCUCUCGGCCGUCUCCAGACUAUGUCAUGCGCAAGGAGCUAGGUAUGGAGAAACGAGCUGCUGGCGCUGGAAAGAGUCGAAAGUUCAUUCGCAAAUGGACGAGAUUAUAUCGCCCGAAGAGCUUUGAAGCUAGACGGUAUCGCGCUGGUUUUACAACAGAAGCAGCUAAAUAUCGACAGCCAAAGUUCCCCGAACUUCAGAUCCCUCGUGGUACGAGUGUUGUCCCAUACAAAGAGCAAUUGGGGGAUUACACAGAAGAAGUCCGCCAAUGUGAAUGGUGGAUGAAACAGAAGACCGAACGUAUUCUCAUGACCGGAUCGUCCGACUCUGCGCCAAUGCAGACGCUCUCGACAUGCCCGCAACAGAUAUUGAUGGAGAAUGAGCGCUUCUUAACAGAGACGCAUAGUACCCCACAGCCCGGGAAUACGGGGAAAGAGAAUCUCAACCAGCAGUCACCGUCGACCGCACAGGAGUGGUCGAGACUCUAUGAAGACUGCGUUAACAUCCCGGCCGACGAGAUCGAGCAGGAGCAGCAGCCACCAAUAUCGGCCAGAGACGAAGGAACCAGGAGAUCAACAUCUGCUCGUGGGCACUUAUCCAAUUCGGGCUCUGAUAUCCGAAGGACGCAGGUUGUAGAAGAAGCCCACUCGCAAGAUGAGUAGAGCUGGGUAAGACUUCUAGGCUUGUAACCGGCGGAGAAGGGAGAGAAUCUGGGCGAUAGGACCUCGAGAUAUAUAGAGAACCACUCCCUAGACGGGCUCGUAGGAGUAUGUAUCUAAUUAGUAUCGGCGCCGCUGCUGACGAAAAGGGCCUGGUUGACAGAAGGAUAGGUGAG